AAGUGCUGAAGUGAGCAGCAAACUCCAAACUUCUCCAUCGGGACCGGACUGAGGUCCGACUGUGAGACAAUUUUAUGGACUUUCUUUUUUAUUCCAGGAGUCAAAAUAUGAGUUUCAUCACAUGUCUGUGAAAGAAACAGAUAACACGGACCAGUUACAUUUAGUUCAACGGUAAAAAAAAAAAAAAAAAAAAAAAUGAGCCCGGUUUUGUUUCUUCUGCUUCUCUUUCUGCGGACCGCGGAGCUCCGUCACGUCCACGGAGCCCACGCAGCCGUGGAGCUUCAUUCGGGGUCCGCGCUGGACACGCAGCAAGCGGGGGGUUCUGCCACACAGGAGCCCCCACAGCUCUCCCCGGGCAGGACUUCUUCAGACCCGGUUGAAAGUUCGAGAGUUCCCGACCUGAAGCGAGUCGCCCGAGGAGCCAAGGAUGGGAAUUUCAGGAAAAAAGAGCCUCACUCACCGAGCAGCCACAUGCCUCCACGGCGGUAUGACGACCCGAGCGGUUACUUCACCACACCGCGGUUACCCGCCUCCGCAUGGCCGGGUACUAACUCCUCGUCGGGCAGCGGGUCAGGGCUCCUCAACCCGCUGUUCCCGGGCACUGACGGCUCCUACUGGGCGUACGCAGUCAUGCUGCUCGCGCUCGUGCUGUUCGCAGCGGGCAUCGUCGGGAACCUGGCGCUCAUGUGCAUCGUGUGGCACAACUUCUACCUGAAGAGCACGUGGAACUGCGUCCUGGCGGGGCUGGCAUUCUGGGAUUUCCUCGUGCUGUUCUUCUGCCUUCCCGUGGUCGUGUUCCACGAGCUCACCUUGAAGAGGUUGUUAGGAGACCUGUCUUGUCGGCUCGUGCCCUAUCUGGAGGUGUCCUCUCUGGGUGUGGCCACAUUCAGUCUCUGUGCUCUGAGUAUCGACCGCUUCCAUGCGGCCACCGGCCCCGGGCCCCUUCAGACGCCCAAGGUGGAGCCCUGCCAGUCCAUCCUAUCCAAGCUGUCCGUCAUCUGGGUGGGCUCCAUGGUGCUGGCCGCCCCCGAGCUGCUGCUGUGGCAGCUCCUCCAGGAGACUGUCAGCCUGCCGAUGCUCUCCAGUGACCAGCAGCAGAGCCAGCAGGGAGGCUCGCUGAUGGAUGUCUUUUGGGCCCGACCAGGCACGUUCAAGGUGGAUCUCUGUGUCCGUGAGCCGUCUGCGGAGCUCCCAGAGAGCGUCUACUCUCUGGUGCUGACCUACCACGAGGCCCGCAUGUGGUGGGUCUUCGGGUGCUACCUCUGUUUGCCACUGCUCUUCACUCUGGCCUGCGACUUAGUGACGAGGCAAGUGUUAGCCCAGCGUCUACCGCAGAAACCCGCCGGUGACAAGGUGACCAGCAGGUGCUCCUCCUCCUCUUCUGCUUCCUCCUCGUCAAAGAAGAAGCAGCAUACCAGAGAGCAGAGGCUGCGCUCCACUGUGAUGGCGCUCACCAUCUUGUACAUCCUAUGCAACCUCCCGGAGAGCAUUUGUAACAUCACCCUGGCGUACGUCUCCGCCCACGUGUUAGCUGCGCUCCCGGCUCUGGCUCUGCCAGCGCUGAGCCUGAUUGGACAGUUCCUGCUGUUUGUGCGUUGCUCGGCGACACCGGUGCUGCUGCUGUGCCUGUGUCGCUCGCUCGGCCAGGCCUUCAUGGACUGCUGCUGCUGCUGCUGUGAGGAGUGCCUCCCCGACGGCACGUCCUCUUCAUCCUCGUCCGCCUCAACCGCCGCCACCUCCAACCUCUCCUCGCCCACAUCGCCCACUCCGUCCUCCCUGUCUCCUUCCAGCAAAGAUGAGACGAUGAAGAGCUUGUUGGCGACCGAACCGGCAGUCUGCUACGACAGGGUGAAAGACUCUUCAACAGUUAUCGGCACGCCCUGCUGAGGUCCAGAACUGCAUUUAACCACGUGUAACUUUAAAGGAUCAUUUAGGUUUACAACAACUUUUUUUUUUUUUUUUUUCUUUUCUUGUAGGUUUGUCCAUCAUUCUUUUCAGUUAUAAUAAUAUUAUACUCACCGAGAGAAUAGUGGAGAUCUGGGGGCACUAGAAGAAGACCGACAGGUUGAAAACCUAAGCAGUCUGAAGAUCAGACAAGUUGGAGACAAAAGUAUGUGGACACCUCUGUCUCAGUGUGUCUUGCCUUGUUUUGCCUAGGUCUCUUAUGCUACAUUUCCACUGCAUGGUACAGCACGGCUCUACUCAAGUCCACUCGCUUGAAACUGUUCUUUAAAGGAACACGCCGACUUAUUCACCGUAUCCCCCAGAGUUAGAUAAGUCCAUACAUACGCUUCU